GUUGGCCUGUAACCUUGGAAACAAGCAACAGUCUAUCUGCAGAAGGAAAGCAGACAUGUCAGAAAUUCUGAGGGAUAGAGCAGCCCGCUUGUUGAAGAAGAGGGGCAGCAUCUCCUCUUUAGGGAGCCAUGAAAUCAAGGCAAAAGAAUUUCUUGGAAAAACCAAAGACUCCAUGAGUACAGUGUCUUACGUGGAUGAACCAGGCCACCACGAUGACAUUCUUCGUCCUGCUGUUCAGAUGGAGAACACAUAUCAGUUAGGUCCUGCAAAAUGCUUUCCAGUGGCAAUUGUGAAUAACAUCUUGAAGGAUGUGGUCUCGAGUUACCUUGAAGAAGAAAAAUAUGAAGCAGAGCUGUGCAGACAAAUGACAAAGACCAUCUCAGAGGUAAUUAAGGCUCGAGUAAAAGAUCUUAUGAUACCAAGAUACAAAAUUAUUGUGCUUAUAUAUAUUGGACAACUAGACAAGCAGAGCAUGCAGAUCGGAAGCAGGUGCCUUUGGGAUACUACAAGUGACACUUUUUCCUCAUAUGCCUUCAAAAAUAGAUCAUUGUUUGCUCUUGCAAAUGUCUAUGCAGUUUAUUCUGAGUAACAAAAGAAAUUUAGUGUGAAAUCUCUGGGCCUACACAAUUAGCAACCAUGUUUUUAGUAUGAGUUGCUAAACACACAGUUAUAGUCUGUAGGCCCUAUCAGUAGUAAUUAAUCUGAAAAUAUCAGAGGAUUGAUGCUGGUAUGGAAGGAUAAUACUUGGUUAUGUAAACAAACUCAGGAAGAGAACAAAGCCUCAGGAUAGUAACAAUGAUGUAACAUUUGUGCAUACAAGGCCUACUUAAUCUUGUUUCUGUUCUUGAAUAAUUACUGAAAUAUACAGCCGAUUUACACUUGUUUAUAAGUUCUUGUUGAUCAGUUCAAAGAAUGUCCCUGCUAUUUGAAUCCCAUUUUAGACUUUAUUCGACAGCCUGUGUGUAAUAUUGAGACCAAAAUGCUGUUCUAUUCUCCCCUCUUUUUAAAGUCUUGCUAUAACUUCCGGUGUACAAGGACGCACUUAGUAUUUUAACAGUGAACUUUCCAAGGAGCUGAAAAUGAAAUUUGAAAGCAAAGCGUUGAGAAAGCAACCUGUCAGGUUUGCGGGGCAUCCUCUCAACUAAAGAUUCAAUGAAAAAUCAGAAGACUCAGUGCUGGCAGGCUCUCCACACUUUGCUUGUGUAUAUUGGCUGACAAAUCAACUAAAAUGUUUAAAGGGUGGACAUCAGUUGCAAGGACGAAGCUGAAGUUGGUUCCCAGUUCCCAGUUCCUUAUUCGCAGUUCCUAGUUCCUUAUUCGCAAAGCCAAAGAAAAAUCUUGGGGGGAAAUUGAAAAGCUCUGAACCCCAAAAUGAAGUUUGCAGGGGCACAUAUUAUACACCUCCAGAUUCAGAAGACUCAGCACUCUAAGUGGACCUAUACUGGGCCAUCCUACAAAACCCAGAUCUUGAGUAAACAGCUUCAAAAUAGAAUGCCCCCAGAACAAUUCAAUAAGAAGAAAGGGGCGGCAGCUGCAGCAGAAAAAAACUUUGGAUCACCCCAAAUCACACACCCCUGAACUCCAGAGACUGUCCCCUACAAGAGGACAUGUGCUAGUACUGAUCCAGUCUCUGGUUCUGGACCUAAGGCCUCCUAUGUGGCCCAGCUAGAAAAACCUUGUAUUAGACAUUGCUGUGAAUAAGGAAGUGGGGAAGUAUGAGCCCUCUGAAACCCAAAACAAUCUUUGGAUCACCCCAAAUCACACACCCCUGAACGCCAGAGACUGUCCCCUACAAGAGGACAUGUGCUGGUUCUGAUCCAGUCUCUGGUUCUGGACCUAAGGCCUCGAAUUUGGCCUGCGUCCAAGGACCUUGUAUUAGACAUUGCUUUGAAUAAGGAAGUCGAAAAAAUAUAAGCCCCCUGCACCCUAGAACAAUCUUUGGAUCACCCCAAAUCACAUACCCCUGAACUCCAGAGACUGUCCCCUACAAAAGGACUUGUACUGGUUCUGAUCCAGUCUCUGGUUCCAGAGUUGAGGCCUACUAUUUCACCUUUCUCUCAGAACCUUGUACUUUACAUCGCUGUGAAUAAGGAAGUGGGGAAGUAGGAGCCCUCUGAAAUCCAAAAUAAUCUUUGGAUCACCCCAAAUCACACAAUCCUGUACUCCAGAGACUAUCCCACACAAGAGGACAUGUGCUGGUUCUGAUCCAGUCUCUGGUUCUGGAG